UUUGGAAGUGAGAGAGUGGGAUCCGAAAAGAGGAUGGAAAAGCUGACACAAAAGUCAAAAUCUCAUAACCGCCUAGGAAGGCAUGAAUGUCUGCAUUUCCGAAUACGGACCGAUUGAUGUUGACUUAUUCAUCUUUAUACAGCCAAGAGAUAGAUUCUCCGUCUAUGAAUUCACUAAGAAGUGUAUACUCGUUUACGAUUCAUGUAAAAAUUCUUUUUACAUGAUAAAAAGUUCUCAUAAAGAUUUAGCUCAGAGCCGUAGAAACUAAUCUUUGCAAAUACGCCAACUCAUUCUGUAUCUCUUUCUACUCCAGAUAUUCUCCGCCCUGCUCUAAAUCUACGCUAUCUUUACUGGAACGCGGAAGCUGAAUGUUUGAACCGAGUUAUUAAAUUCUCCGUCGAGGUCUUUCAUAUGAUGGGAGGGUUCACCAAUCAACAAUAGUUAAAUGGAUAAGAACAUGUGGCAGUGCUAGAGGCUUUGCAAUUUGCCAAGCAUAUUCAUGGCAUCUGCUGGCCCUGGCCAUGGUGGCGCAGGGAGUUCUAAGAACACUAAUGGAUUCACAAGUUCAACUACUUCACUUGAUUGGUUGGCAAGGGAAAUGCUUCAGAUGAGAUUGAAGGACACGGUGGACCUUGAUGAUGAUAGGGAUAGUGAGCCAGAGACGAUUGAGGGUGUAGGUGUAGAAAUUGGACAUGUUAUUCGAACUACUAUUGGUGGUCGAAAUGGCCGAUCCAGGCAGAAUGUCAGCUACAAAGCUGAACGUGUGAUAGGAACAGGAGCUUUUGGUGUUGUUUUCCAAGCAAAAUACAGAGAAACCGGAGAAACUGUUGCGAUUAAGAAGGUUCUUCAAGAUAAGCGCUAUAAGAACCGAGAGUUGGAGAUAAUGCAGAUGUUAGACCAUCCUAAUAUUGUCGCUCUUAAGCAUUCCUUUUUCUCGACAACAGACAAGGAAGAGCUAUAUCUCAAUCUUGUCCUUGAAUAUGUCCCUGAAACCGUUAACCGUGUUUCUAGGCAGUUCAGCAGAAUGAACCAGCGGAUGCCAUUGAUAUAUGUCAAGCUCUAUACCUAUCAGAUAUGCAGGGCACUGGCUUAUAUCCAUAAAUGUAUUGGCAUUUGCCACCGGGACAUUAAGCCUCAAAAUUUGUUGGUGAACCCACAUACGCAUCAGCUGAAAAUUUGUGAUUUUGGAAGUGCAAAAGUUUUGGUGGAAGGAGAACCCAAUGUGUCAUACAUUUGUUCACGACAUUAUCGUGCUCCCGAGCUCAUUUUUGGUGCCUCUGAAUAUACAACAGCUGUUGACAUCUGGUCUACGGGAUGUGUCAUGGCAGAAUUACUUCUGGGAAAGCCUUUAUUUCCUGGAGAGAGUGGGGUUGACCAAUUAGUAGAGAUCAUAAAGGUAUUGGGAACACCUACUAGAGAGGAGAUGAAGUGCAUGAACCCAAAUUAUACUGAAUUCAAAUUUCCACAGAUAAAACCUCAUCCAUUGCACAAGAUUUUCCAAAAACAGUUACCUCCAGAUGCAUUUGAUCUGGUUUAUCGUUUUUUCCAGUACUCUCCACAUUUGAGAUGCACUGCUUUGGAGGCUUGUCUUCAUCCUUUUUUUAAUGAACUGAGAGACCCGCAUACCCGCCUCCCUAAUUCCCUCCCUCUUCCACCGCUCUUCAAUUUCAACUCUCAAGAGCUCUCUGACUUGUCUCCGGAAACUAUUCAUCGACUCAUUCCAGAACACAUUCGUAGACAGAACUGAUUAUAAGCAUGAAAAGUUUCACUUCCCCCAUCACUUGUUCUUAAGCUUUAGCAGCCUCAUCAACUGGUUUGUUAUCAGCAGCGAAACACUGGAGAGUUGUGCCGAAUGAAGAGAGAGCAGUUUGUUUCGGGUUUUCUGUAUUGUCUUCUUAUUACUAGCUGACUGUAUAUUUUCCUAUCACAUUCUCUCGACUUGAACAUAGAUAUAUAUGCACACAAGGUAUAUUGCUACUUUUUUAUGACGUCAUCUUACUUGCGGCUUUUCUUUUAUACGUGUAUUAUCAGCUUCCUGGCCAUUCAAACAUAGCUCAUGCCCCCUUUUGGUGCUGCAAAUGCUGUGAUAUUUGAAGCUUUAUGCUUUAUUUUUAAGGGAAGAAGGGAGUCGGGAUGUUGGAUAGGGGUAUUUGAAUUUUCUUAUUAAUGAAUCACAUAAACGAUAGAUACAUCAUACAUGUAAAUCUAUAUUUAACAUUUUGUACUUGCUAUGUAUAUGCUGUGCUUUUUGUUUUUUCGUUGCUCUUUUAGUUCCUACAAGAGGGAUGCUGCCGUAGUAGAAAUUGAGUGAAAUUUAGAAAAACCAUUAGUUUUAUUAUAAUUUUACAAUCUCUCUUUAAUUAUAAUACUACCUCCGUCCCAUUUAUAUUGGGACGGAAGAGGGUGACACGGUUAUUAAGAAAAGUGAGUUUGUGUGUAUGGGUGGACUCGGGCCGGUUCGGGCCUGGGCCCGGCCGGGCCUCGGGCCAGAAAACUAGGGCCCGGGCCCGAACCGCCGGUGGGCGGUUCCGGGCCAAGCCGGGCCGGGCCAACCGGUAUAUAUAUAUUUUUUUUGGUUCUCCUUUAUAACCCCCUACCCCUCCCCCUCAACCCCAAACCACCCCAAACCACCUCAAAUGGCCCAAAAUACCUAAUCCAACCCAAAACUUAAAAAAAUUUCAAAAAAAAAAAAAAAAAAAAAUUAAAAUUCAGCCCGGACCAGGCCCGAACCGGCCGGGCCGGUUCACCAAAAUCAGGGCCCGAGCCCGGACCGCCAUCCCACCGGGCCGGGUGGCCCAAACCGGUGCACCAACCGGUUGACUGGGCCGGUCCGGGCCCGCACAGUAGCGGGCCGGUCUGGUUCCGGGCCGGUUGGCCCGGCCCGAGUCCAGCCCUAUUUGUGUGGUUGAUAUUAAUUGAUAAAGUAAGAAUAAAGUAAGAAUGAUUUGGAGUCACACAAACUUUGUCAAAUAUGAUAUGAGACAAUUUAAGUGGGACUUCCCGAAAAGGUAAAACAGGACAAUAUAAAUGGGACGAAGGGAGUACUAAAUUGCAUCUUAGCACUUACUCAUCAUCAUCAUCACCCCGUGUCGCAAAGGCCCCGAAUAAGGGAGGUUGGAUAUGUGCAGUCUUACCUCUAUAUUAAAGCACACAUAGAUUGUUUCCAUGUAACCAAUAGUUAACUUUGUGUCAAAAAUUGCAUGGACUGACUGAUGUCUCAUAAAAAAUAAGCGCUGACAGUUUAGUAGGUCAUAUGGCUUCAUUCUGUCAUAUUUUUAAUUCAAAAAAUAGUGAGUCUUUGACUUCAUUGCAAAUGACGGAAAGCAACUUAGCACUUGCGGGAAAGGAUGAAAUUAGGCAUAAAAAUGAUAAAAUCAAUGAGGUGAACAAACGUUCCCUUUCAAAAGGGUCUAUAGGGGUUUAGAGCAUUUCCAAUAAGGUGUGAAUUGCUCCCCAUAACAAGGUACAAGCAAUCUAUGACUUUAGAUUGAUAGAUUGAUAGCAAUCUUGUAUCAAUACAUUUUAUCUUUCAGGUUCUGAAUUGAUAAUUAUCGAUUUAACAAGUUUUCCAUCAAAAGGCUCAUACUUUUGUGCAUUCCACUACAUGAUAUGUGUCUUCAUUUUCAUGACUGGAAUCAGGGACUUAUCUUACAAUUUAACUUCCAUAUUUGAUAAACGAUUGAUAGUAAUUUGAGACCCUAGCCUAUGUGAGUUACUUGCGAGCAAUAAAAUUAGAUUUUUAUCAAGUUCAGGGCGUGAGUUGACCUUUUUAUAAUUGGGCAACCAAAAAGGCACAAAGGCUGGUUUGGGCAACCAAAAAGGCAUAAUAG